GUGUAUACGCGUCACACCUGGACAUCACGCAUGCGCCAAGCUUGCCGGUAGUGCCGGCACAUCGGUAAAGACGUCAACAUUUCGCGCGCCGCGUCGCAGUACGAAUUCCGUCUUCGUGGUGUGCACAUUGUGCUCGUUUAGUCUUUUCUCUCGCUGGAGGAUUUUACAUAUACAGUCGAUAGAGCGACAUGGCAGUCUCGCUUAACACCGAGGACAAAUUGGAGUAUCAUUUCUACCCCGUAACAGCCGGGCAAAUUCAAUUUCGGAUAAAAGCGCCGAACGAUGCCCACGUCGCCCUUACCACGGGACCUCAGGAAGGGGAUCCGAUGUACGAGGUCUUCAUCGGAGGUUGGAACAACAGCAAGUCCGUCGUGCGCAAGAAUAGAACCAAGCCGGAAGUAGCGGAAACGGAAACGCCCGGCGUUCUGAGCGCGGAUGAAUAUCGCGGCUUCUGGAUCAGGUGGGACAACGGAGUUCUUACGGUGGGCAAAGAAGGCGAGUCAGAUCCUUUCCUGAGCUACGCCGACCCGGAACCAUUCGGGAUAGGUUACUUCGGCGUUUGCACCGGCUGGGGUGCAACCGGUGAAUGGCUCAUCGAAGGUCGCAAACCUUUGAACACCCCUAACAAGCUACAAUACAAGUUUCACGCCGUACGAAGCGGCUCGGUGCUGAUCGACGUGAAAGCUAUGAGCAAUGGGCACAUCGCGCUGACCGACCGGAAGGGAGAGUCGAGUCCCAUGUACGAGAUCAUGCUCGGCGGGUGGGAAAACAAGGCGUCGGCUAUUAGAUACGAUCGCAAACAGCCCGAUAAGGUUCGCGUGGACACGCCGAGUCUUCUCACCGAUCGCGAGCACAAGAGAUUCUCGAUCACGUGGCUCGAGGGCCUCAUCACGGUCAGAUCAGGCGGUCCAAGCGGCCCCGUCCUCAUGGAAUGGCGAGACCCGAACCCUAUUGGCGUGAGCUAUGUGGGGGUGCGCACCGGUUGGGGCGCGACCGGAAACUGGAAGCUCCGUUUCGAACAUUAUCCCGCAGUUCCUACCGCUCAAAAGAAAUAUCCUAGCACGACGCCGUCCGCGCCGGCGGAAGUCCGUGGACUCGACGCGGGAAGCGUGUGCUGGUGCGACGCGUCCGGCGGGAUGGUACCACCCGACGCGGUCGAGGGUGGACAGGACGAGGAGCCUCUGUUCGUCGGUAGGGCUCAUCACGAGGGUGCCCUCAUCCCCGGCAAGGUGAAGCCCGGUCAUUCCGUCUGCUACGUCGCCUGGGGCGGCGCGGAACAUGGAAAAACCGAUUACCAGGUCCUUUGCGGCUGCAAACCCACUUGGGUGCCGGUAAGUGGCGGCAACAUCCCGCCGAAUGCGAUUCCGGGAGGCGAGACCGAAGAUGGCGAGCCGCUAUUCGUUGGCCGUGUACACCACGAGGGUACCGUGACCAUCGGCAAGGUGCAACCAUCGCACAACGUGUGUUACAUACCUUUCGCCGGUUCCGAGAUUGCCUCCUCUGAAUAUGAGGUCAUGGUCGGACAAUAAUCGUCCCGAGAGAUCCUGUGGUUAUGAAAAGAGAAAUC